GGUUGUGACUACUGUCUUGGCGCCACUGCUCCUGUCGGCACUCCCUGCUCGCUCUCAGCAACGUUUGCAUGUUUGCCGCUGCAUCAAAGAGGCACUGCGUUCAUUCCCAUCUGUGAGCAGUUUCUUGCUCAGUCCCUUGUGCUUUCAUUUCAACGGAUAACAUGGCCCCAUAACUGAGCUCACCUACUCACCCCACGCCAAUCUGCCGCUUCGUCUGAUCCAUUCAUCGCCAACCUGUUACAGCACCGCACCUUGCUCAGAGGGUUUGUCAGUCCUAUUCUUUGCACCUGUCUCAAGUAUACUAAGUAUACUUGCAGUGAAUACACGUCAAUGAGCAGCUACUCAUCAGCGUCGUUUGGUCCAAAUCAUUAUCUCGGGCGUCAACACUCAAGCACCAUGAAGAAUAGCUAUCUGAACGAGACUAGAGGUUUAGCAGAUUACAUGCGUGGCGAUUUCAAUCCUAUAGUGGAAUCGCUUAAUUUUAUGCCCAACGUAUCGUCCUACGAUAGCUUACCCGGGGAUGGUUUCGGCACUUGGUCCACAGACGAUAUGAAGUCUAGAAUGGAUUUUCGCGGCCAAAAUCUUGGCACCUCUGACGCGUGUGAUCGUCUUCCAUGUUCAGCAAACGAUUAUAGGAACUUGCCUGCCUCCAUAUCUACACAACAAUAUCGAAUACACGGUAGACGCCCCGGUUCCGUUACCCGUAAUCAGGAAGUUGGACAUUUUGACAUGUUAAUUUCACACCGUGAACAACUCACCCCAUGUGUGCCAAACUUUGAGUCUAAUCCUUAUGCUAUUGAUGAUGAACGAACUUAUGACCCUAAACUAAUAUUCGGUGAUGCAUGUAAUACCUCAAUGACAACUGGAGUGACUUUGACGAGGGUAAACACCGAGCUCACUUCAGUCGGACCGUCGUUACACUCCCGUGCGAUGCCCCAGGGUAUGUCUAAUACUACCCAAUCCAUAACUGCGUCCAGCACUGAGGGUCUACACUCCGGUGCAAUAAUGAUGACACCAGAUUCAUCCACUAUUGGGUUCUUGACCAACAAACUGCUUGCGUCUUCGGAUGAUGGCGAAAUUUCUCCGACACCAACAAGCGGCAGUGGGCACCCUCGCGCAGCCAACCGCAUGCGCAAAGCUGCCCCAACUCUGGCAACCGGCAGAAGGAAUUUGAAAAGUGAACCGGUCUACUGCCCAACUGAAGUUGGGCGGUCAUCACCGCGAACUAGUGAACUAUUUUCAUCCAGGAGAAAUGAGAAAAGCGGAAACGAACCGUCUUACCGUGGCGACUGUGGCCAAAUUGCCUACGCAUUUUCGAUCGUUAUUCGGGAUGCGGUGCCUAUUGCAUUUGAGAGUCGAUAA